ACAGCUUUAAAGUCAGGUGAUAAAAAAACAGUUGAAGCCUGAACGGAGCCGAAGUUGAAAUUGGAAAACGGCCUAUAGCCCAUGUUGCACAACACGCAUACAUUGUACGACCAGCGCACGUACAUGUGCAUGUAUCAACUGCUGGAGAGGACUCGGAUAUUUCCGCCACGAAUUUUAUUUGGACCAAAAUGAGUACUCCUGCAGGAGACCCUGUAUCACUCCCCCUCACACAAACCCUGACAGAUAUGCUGGGUAUGAAGGAAGAGGAGUUUCUGGACAAGGUGGCAUACUGCUUUAUAUUUCUGGGUGCGUUCGUGAGUGUAAUUUUGCAAUUCGUAGGCGCCCCGUACGGUCGAUAUGUUGACUCUCGUUUUGGCUGUUUCAUUCCGGGGAAAGUUGCGUGGUUUGUCCAGGAGAUUCCAAGCUUUCUUUUGCCCACCAUUUUGCUGAUCGCGAGUGGAGGAGAACAAGGCUUUGUCAACAAUGUUCUCAUCAGUCUGAUGAUUUUCCACUACUUCCAGAGAACUUUUGUCUUCACCUUUCUGAUUCGUGGUGGCAAGCCAACAACGCUACUUGCUUUCCUCCUAGCAUUUUUCUUUUGUGUCACUAAUGGUUAUCUACAAGGUCAAUACCUAACACACUAUGCUGUCUACCCUCAGAGCUGGUCAAGGGAUCCUAGAUUUAUCAUUGGUGUGUUUCUCUUCUUUUCUGGAAUGGCCAUCAACAUCCACUCAGACUCCAUCCUCAGAAACCUCAGAAAACCAGGAGAAACAGGCUACAAGAUACCACAUGGUGGAAUGUUUGAGUAUGUCUCAGGGGCUAACUUCUUUGGUGAGGCGGUAGAAUGGAGUGGAUUUGCCAUCGCUUGCUGGUCACUGCCAGGGUUGGCAUUUGCUAUCUUCACUGCAUGCAACAUUGGACCGAGAGCUUAUCGACACCAUUGGUACUACAAGCAGAAGUUUGAAGACUACCCCAAGUCAAGGAAAGCAUUUAUCCCUUUCCUACUUUGAAGGGAAGAAAAAGUGGUUGAUCACUCAGGUUCAACAGUCAAAAUGAAUUGCUAAAUUGGACUGAAUCUCAGUGACUGUCAGUUAUUGUUUUUUUUGUAAGAUUAUUGAAGUAUUGGAUAGAUAGACUGGUUCCAGUUGAAGUGAGCUAUUGUUCGUUCAAUUAUGUGCCAAGUUUGUAUGCACAUGUAUAAUCAGAACGAAAUGCCGUGAAGUCUAAUACGUCAACGUGAAUAUUGAGUGCAAUGGCUUCAAAUCUUUUUUUUUCUGGCAGGGAGCUUUGGAACAGAAAUGCAUUUGAGCGUUGUAAGAAUUUUCUACUUUCAAUUUUCACUGUUGAUUCAAAAUUCCAUCCAACCAUGUCAGCUGUAAAGCCUCUGAAAUGAAACUGUGGAAUUAAGCAGUACUUUCAUCAAAUUUAUAUAUAUUUGAAAGGAGACCACCACAAGCUGUAAAAUUGGGUAUUUCUCUAAUCAAGCUGGUAUACAGAGUGUAGAAUUUGUUUCCAUACCUGAUUUUUUUCACAAAUCAUCCAGCCCCAUGUACACAAAUGCAGAGCAAGAGUCUGUCUAGAUGUCAAGUAGAUGAACUGGAAACUUUGAACAAUGUAAUCUUGCAAAUGAGAAACAAAAUUACCAAUUUGGAAAAACUGACUGAUUUUUGUACUUCAUAGUACUUGAGAGAUAAGCCGACUCCUUUCCCCAAAUAAUAGAAGACAGUGAUUGUUGGAACACUGAAUGCCAAAAAUGAAAUUCUAGGAUGAAAAGUGCAAUGAAGCAAAAUGAAGAGAAUCAGCAUUUCGAGGCAAUUAAAUUAAAUCAUUUUUAUUAAGUUUUUCCCCUUUAAGGUUUUUUCCCGUUUAAGAUAAAAUGUUUUUAAAUAUUAACAUUUAUCAGUGAUAUGAAUAAAUAACUCAACUCACGAA